AUGCAGGGAAAUCAAAUGACCACUACCACUACCACUAUUCUAGACUACCUACUUCUUCUUUCGCUUUCUUCAUAUCUCUUAAAAACCAUACUAGGCAAUUUAUCAAGUCUGAAAGAAGGCUUCACGUCACUGUGGGCUCUGAAGAUAAUCGGCUGUUUAUUCUUGACCAUCGUUGCCAGACCUAUAUGGAACAUACUCUUCUCCUCCCACACACCAAGAGAUUCUAAAUUGCCCCAAAUUAGAACCUUUCUACCAUUGGGGAUUGAUUACAUUACACGGGGAAUCAUCUACAGUGCGCAAAACAAAAGCCUGGUGUUCUGGGAGGAACUGUUCCGAAAGUACCAUCCCUUCCAGACUCUCGAGGUUCGACUGGGGCCUCAGACCGUCAUCGUGUCCCGGGAUCCGCAAGUAGUCAAGGCAUUAUUAACCACCCAGUUCGGGGAUUUCGGCAAAGGAGAAAGAUUCCAUACCGAGUGGAGAGAGUUCUUGGGCGAUGCCAUUUUCACCACCGACGGAGACAAAUGGCACGCUAGUCGGGCUUUGAUCCGACCUAUGUUUACUCCUGACAGAGUUUCCAACCUGUCGACGUUUGAGAGACAUGUUCAAAAGCUUCUAAGGAUUUUGGAAUCUCCCCGUCAUGAGCGGCAGCCAGUCAAUGUUCUGGAUCUCUGCCUUCGACUCACCAUGGACAUUGCCACGGACUUCUUGCUCGGACAGAGUGUCGACAGCCUGUCAAACCCGACUCAUAGAUUCUCUGCAGCAUUUGCCGACGUGCAGCGAAUACAAAGCUGGAUUACCAUGGCGGGACCAUUGCAAGUCUUCCUGCCCAAGGCCAAAUACUAUGAAGGUCUCAAAACGAUUAACUCCUUCGUUGAUCCAUUCAUCACGCGAACCCUAGCCUUGGGCCGGCGCAGCUUCGAGGAAAUGGAAGGCUCCGAGGAAGAAUACAAUUUCCUCGAAGGCCUGGCUACAUUCACGCAAGAUCCGAAGGUGAUUCGAGACCAGUUGAUUUCCGUCCUUCUAGCUGCUCGGGAUACCACGGCGGCCACUCUUGCCCGGACCCUAUACGAGCUGUCCGGGCACCCGGAUGUAGUCCAACGCUUACGCGAGGAAAUUCUCGCGCAGGUCGGCACCGCAUCCGCCCCGACGUACGCCGAUCUGAAGAACAUGCGCUACCUUCAGGCAAUUCACAAAGAGACACUGCGUCUGUACCCCGCCAUCCCAUUCAACAUGCGGGUUGCGCUAUCGGACACCACGCUUCCCAGUGGCGGGGGUCCAUCCGGCACUCAACCGGUCCAUGUGAAGAAGGACACUAUAGUCGCUUAUUCGCCUCUCUACAUGCACCGUUCGGACCUGUAUCCGGAUGCCUACGCCGAUGGAACCCCUUUUUCCGAUCCCCGGGAGUAUCAUCCCCACCGUUGGAUGUACCCUGGAUCGAAAACUGCGGACAGUGAGAAAAUAAACGAGGGACCUUGGAUUCCUAAACCGUGGACAUAUAUCCCAUUCAACGGCGGUCCGCGCAUUUGCCUUGGUCAGCAGUUUGCUUUGGCCGAAAUGGGGUACACCCUAGUGAGGAUUUUUCAGAAGUAUAAGUGCUUGGAACGCAGAAUGCGAGCAGAGGAUGGUGGGUUGAUGCGGGCCAAUAUUGUGCUGACCCCUGCUCAGGAAGUCAAUGUAGUCUUCAUCCAGAGUUUAUCCACGUCUGGUGCAGUGAUGUUGAUUUUAUACAGGUUGAGAUCAUGA